CAAUCGCAAUCGCAGUCGCAACCUCAACACCAAUCGCAACCUCAACACCAAUCGCAACCUCAAUCCAAGUCUCAUCCACAAACCUCGACUCAGACUCAGACUCAGACUCAGACUCAGCCGAAUCAUGACUCUACCGCCAUGCAAGCCCAAUCAGUCUCUCAGCUAGCCAAUGUUACUCCGCAUACCUCCUCUCCUCCCUCCAAAAUUCCCUUCCGUCCUCGAAAAAUCCGCAAGCUCUCGCCUGAUAAAACCCUCGACCCAAAUUCCGCCCAAACUAUCGACUCUGCAAACACCACCUCCACCAUCGCGGUCUCCGAUGCCGUCGUCACAUCAAAACCCACCAAACCCAAGCUCGCCCAGUCCCGAGCCCUAACACUGCCGCGAAUUGUGGCUCGCUCUCUCUCCUACGAGGGCGAGGUCGAGUCCGCGAUUCGCCACCUUCGAGCGGCUGAUUCGCUUCUGGCAUCGUUAAUCGACCUCCAUCCGCCUCCCACCUUCGAUUCCUUCCAAACCCCUUUCCUUGCACUUACCCGAAGUAUUCUCUAUCAGCAACUUGCCUUCAAAGCCGGCACUUCCAUCUAUACUCGCUUCAUCGCGCUCUGCGGCGGUGAAUCCGGCGUGCUUCCGGAGACUGUGUUGUCCCUAAGCCCGCAACAACUCCGCCAAAUCGGUGUCUCUGGCCGCAAAGCUAGUUACCUCCAUGAUCUCGCCAGGAAGUACCAGAACGGGAUCUUAUCGGAUUCCGCCAUUGUAAAUAUGGAUGAUAAGUCACUCUUUACAAUGCUCACUAUGGUCAACGGGAUUGGUUCCUGGUCUGUUCAUAUGUUCAUGAUAUUUUCGCUGCACAGACCCGAUGUGCUGCCCAUCAAUGACCUUGGGGUGCGGAAGGGCGUCCAGCUACUGUACAAUCUGGAGGAGCUGCCACGCCCAUCGCAGAUGGAACAGCUGUGCGAGAAGUGGAGGCCUUACAGGUCGGUUGCCUCCUGGUACCUCUGGAGGUUCGUGGAUGCUAAGGGGGCACCUUCAAGUGCUGCUGUGGUUGCAGCUGGUGCUGCUCUGCCUCAGCCACAACAGGAGGACCCGCAGCAGCAGUCACAGCAGCCCCAGCUUCUGGACCAGCUUAACAGCAUGUUCAACAUUGGGUACAAUUCCUUUGGCUUGAAUUAUUAA